AUGGCUAAGAAAAAGCGGCUGGGCGAAGAGCCAGACGAAAAUGGCGGAGUGAAGGGCCCGACCGCGUCGUCAAAAUCCAUCAAGUUCACUUCCGAGUCAUACCCGCAUCUUCAAAGAGACUCUAAGUUCGCCAAAGUCAGCGAGGAGCAUGUUAAAUAUUUUCGAGACCUUCUGGGUUCCGAUUCGGCCAUCAUAGAUGGUGUGUCGAAAGAUGCAUCGGAUGAUAUUGAAGCCUUCAACAGCGACUGGAUGCGCAAGUUCCGUGGCCAUACCAAACUAGUCUUGAAGCCCAGUUCCACGGAAGAAGUCAGCAAGAUCCUCAAGUACUGCAAUGACAACAUGCUCGCCGUAGUACCUCAGGGCGGUAACACUGGACUUGUCGGUGGCUCCGUGCCUGUGUUUGACGAGAUCGUGAUCAACAUGCAGAGGAUGAACGAAAUUAGGUCCUUCGAUGAAGUAUCUGGUAUCCUCGUCGCUGAUGCUGGCGUGAUCUUAGAGAACGCCGACAACUUUCUCGCCGAAAAGAACCACAUCUUCCCAUUGGAUCUCGGUGCUAAGGGCUCUGCCUACAUUGGUGGUAAUGUUGCGACAAAUGCCGGUGGUCUCCGUCUCUUGCGGUACGGUAGCUUCCACGGAAAUGUCCUAGGCAUUGAGGCAGUCCUUCCGGAUGGUACCAUUGUAGAUGACCUUUCGACGCUCCGGAAAAACAACACUGGUUACGACCUGAAGCAACUGUUCAUCGGCGGAGAAGGCACUAUUGGCAUCAUUACCAAGGUCUCGAUCAUCUGCCCGAGAAGGUCACCCGCCGUCAACGUCGCGUACUUUGGGUUGGAAAGUUACGAGCAGGUCCAGAAGGCGUACAUUGAGGCGAAAGGGCACCUAUCUGAGAUCCUGUCAGCCUUUGAGCUGAUGGACGGUCGCACACAAAAGCUGGUCAACAGAGUCACCGGUAAGAAGAUGCCUCUAGAGGGCGAGCAUCCAUUUUACUGCCUGAUUGAGACCAGCGGCUCUAACGCCGAGCAUGACGGCGAGAAAUUGCAAGCAUUCCUUGAACACGUAAUGGAGACCGAAGUCGUAUCCGAUGGUGUUCUCGCCGAGAACCAAACUCAGAUUCAGGAGCUCUGGUCAUGGCGCGAAGGCAUCACCGAGUGCCUUGGUCACGAUGGAGGUGUCUACAAGUAUGACUUGUCGAUCCCCAUCGCUGAGCUCUACGAUCUGGUCAACGAGACACGCGAUCGCUUGACAGAGGCUGGCCUGCUUGGCAACGACUCCUCGCACCCCGUAGUUGACGUCGUUGGAUACGGUCACAUGGGUGAUGCCAAUCUGCACCUCAACAUCCCAGUCAGGAAGUUUGACAAGGCUGUAGAGAAGAAGCUCGAGCCUUUCGUUUACGAGUGGGUACAAAAGCGUAAUGGCAGCAUCAGCGCUGAGCACGGCUUGGGAGUAACGAAGAAGCCAUAUAUUGGAUACAGUAAGAGUGAAACCAUGAUCAAGCUGAUGAAGCAAAUCAAGGAUCUAUACGACCCUAACGGCAUCAUGAAUCCGUACAAGUACAUAUAG